CCUUGUGGAGAUUUAGAACAAAACGUAGCAGACGACGGCUUGACAAAUCGUGAUUUACCAAGUUUGCCGAUAAUUAUUUGUCAUAUAAAUUAAUAAAUUGUGCAGCAAUAGUGUAUUUUUCAUUUUCGAGCGAAAAAGUACUUUAUUCGUGAGAUAAGGAAGUGAUUGAAUUAAACUUUUAGUUCCAAGAAGGAUGUGGCAGUCAUCAGGAUAUCCGCAGCAAGCUCCACCACCAGCAGGUUUCUUCCCAGGAGGAGGAGGCUAUCCCCAAGGAGGUUACCCUCAACAACCCGGCUAUCCACCGGGCUUCCAACCCCCGCCCGGCUCCGGCUACCCACCCCCGUACGGCGGGGCUCCCCCUGGAGGAUUUCCCGCACCACCUGCCUUCCAUUUGCCACCCCCGAGCGAUAUGAACAACGCAGAGAAUGGCUACGGCAAUGCCGACUUUGGCUUCUCUGACAAGUCCAUUCGGAUGGGCUUCAUCAGGAAGGUGUACGGGAUCUUGAUGUGUCAGAUUGGUGUCACAGUUGCCAUCGUUGCACUUUUCACAUUUCACCAAGGAACCCAAAUUUACGUCAGACAGCACCCUGGAUUAUGGUGGAUCGCCCUGAUUUUCAUGUUCGCCACGAUGAUCACGCUGGCAUGUUGCGGGGAUGUACGGCGCAAGGCACCCAUGAACUUCAUCUGCCUCGGGAUCUUCACAUUGGCGGAGAGUUUCCUGUUGGGCUGCGCCACAUCCAUGUAUCGCAAGGAAGAGGUUUUCUACGCCGCACUGAUCACGUUUGUGGUGACUGUUGCGCUCACCAUAUUUGCAUUCCAGACCAAGAUUGAUUUCACCGCCAUCGGAGGGAUACUUUUUGUUGCCGUCGUAAUCCUCAUGGUGUUCGGUAUUAUCUGCUUGUUUUUCCCCGGCAAGACCAUGAUCCUCGUGUACUCCUCGCUCGGUGCCCUCCUCUUCUCCGUCUAUAUCGUGUACGACACCCAGAUGAUGAUGGGGGGUGACCACAAAUAUUCCAUCUCACCCGAGGAGUACGUCUUUGCCUCCCUCAACCUUUACAUGGACAUCGUCAACCUGUUCCUGUACAUCCUCACCAUCUUGGGGGCGUCCAGAGACUAGGCUCUACAUUCCACAAGCCUUGUCUGUAUCUGUAAAUAUGGCGCUUUCACAUCAAGACUGUCUGUUGUUUGUUUAUAUGUGGAUAAAGAAACAUAGGUAUCCUACCUCUAUUUCAAUUUUCAACAGAUUUAUUUUAUGAUUUCCUGUUUUUUUUUUACAUUCAUUUUAAUUACAAUGAAGCCCCAGAGGUGUCGUUGAAUAAUCCAUGUUUAUUAUGUGAAUUAAUCCUGGUUAAGAAUUUUAAUGUUACGGUUAAUAAACAAGACUGUAGUGUUUGUUUUAGACUGAUGAUACUAGUUAAGUUUCUUGUGUUGAGGGAGUAAAAUAAUUUUAACUACUUAUAUUGUUCUUACCUUGAUGUUAUAAGAGGACACUUCAUAUUAUAUCUCACAUAAUUUGUCUAACAACGAUGGCAAGAGAAGUUGGAUUGUAAGAGUGCCGCAGAGUGUAAUAUUGAUUGUACAAUAAAACAGCAUCUUUCCACUUUAAUGCCUUAAGCCCACUCUGUUUCUCUUUGAUUCUCGUUGAUGAUCGCAGCUGCAUAACAGCUAAAAAAGUAGCUUUUUUUGUAAACUGAUGAAAUCUUGAUAAUGUGACAGCUGCAUAACAGCUAAAAAAGUAGCUUUUUUGUGAACUGAUGAAAUCUUGAUAAUGUGACAGCUACAUAACAGCUAAAAAAGUAGCUUUUUUGUAAACUGAUGAAAUCUUGAUAAUGUGACAGCUGCAUAACAGCUAAAAAAGUAGCUUUUUUGUGUACUGAUGAAAUCUUGAUAAUGUGGUCACGUUGUAUUUAUAUAUAUAUAUAUAUCUGCUGUAGUGUUAUUUUUUGUAUUAAUAAAAGAUUGCGUGUA